AUGAGUGAUAAUCAGCUUGCCGCACCUAGUUCCUAUACUCAAGAUCAACCUGAAACCUUGACGAGUGAUCUUGAUGGAGCAAUUCAGCUUGGCUAUAACGACCAUGAGCUUGACGCAGCGAUUGAUCAGUUUGCGGCUCAGGAGACUGGUCAUGUUCAUCCCGAAUACGCAGCGCGCCUAGACAGCCUCUCGAAACUGCUGAGUGAGAGGGCCGGACAAAUCAACGCAGCGAUCUAUUGUUGCUGGCUUGCGCUUCGGAGAAUUGGUCAUGAUCAUCCCGACAAUACAGCGCACCUAGACAGGCUCUGGAAACUGCUGAGUGAGAGGGCCGAACAAACUGAAGAUGACUAUAAGGUCAACGCAGAGAUUGAUCGUUGUCGGUUUACGCUUCAGGGAACGGCCCAUGAUCAUCCCGGCAAUAUAGCGCGCCUAGACAGCCUCUUCAAACUCCUGAGUGAGAGGGCCCAACAAACUGAAAAUCUCGAUGAUAUCAACGCAGCGAUUUAUUGUUGCUGGCUUACGCUUCAGGGAACGGCCCAUGAUCAUCCCGGCAAUAUAGCGCGCCUAGACAGCCUCUUCAAACUCCUGAGUGAGAGGGCCCACAAAACUGAAAAUCUCGAUGAAAUCAAUGCAGCGAUUUAUUGUUGCUGGCUCACGCUUCGGGGAACGGCUCAUAAUCAUUCCGACUAUGCAGCGCGCCUAGACGACUUCGGGAAACUGCUGAGUUCUCGAGAACAAGAGACUCGGAAUAUCGAAGAUAUCAACUGGGCGAUUCUUUUUUUGCAGUUUGCGGUUCGGAGGACUUCUCAGGAUCAUGCCGACCUUACAACGCGCCUGGAAUACCUAACUGAAAUGCUGAGGUAUCAAUCCGCAAAAAGUCAAAGCUUCAAUGAUAUCAGCGCAGCGAUUGAUUAUUGUUACGUUGUGGUUCAGAAGACUGCUGGUGAUCAUUCCGACUUUAUAGUGCGCCUAGAUAUUCUGGCGGACCUAUUCGACUUGCGAUUCGGGGUUAUAGGAUUCUUACCUGAUAUUCGUCGUGCGAUUGAACACACUCAUUAUGCAGCAAUCAUGACCAAAACUGACGACGAUGAAGAUGUGGAGCGCCUCUUCCAACUUGGGAGAAGGUUUGAGCUACUUUUUGGCGCUGAAAAUAACAACAUCUAUCUUGAAACGGGGAUUAUGUGCUCUUUCCGGGCGCUCGAGGCCACCACUAAAACCUCCGUUUCUUUUCCAACGCGCUUGGCCGACCUCGCUCAUAAGCUUGGAAUACGAUACGAGGUAUCAGCAAGGAUGGAAGAUAUCGAAAUGGUGGUGUUGUUCUAUGAACAGGUUCUUGAGGCUAUUGGUGAUCUAAAUCAAGGUCACUUAAUGAAAGAGUGCUUAGAGGGACUCGAAAAUGCCGUGAAAGAGAGAGCUAGACGUCUCGGAGAGGUUUCUGACCUCUAG